AUGUCUCUAACAAUCUAUCCUCGGCUGCUCUCACGACGUCUAGAGGGUUUAAGUGGCAAGGCACGGCUGCCCCGAAGCGUUCAAGCAGUAUAUCUACGGCCGCUUCGUAGGAAGGCUGAAUAUGGUCUUCCAGUGUGUGAUCUACAGUUGAGAUCAUACAGCGUUCGAAACGUUGAAUUCUUUUCGGAUUUCGCUAUACGAGCUGCAUAUUACUUAGGUCUUCCGGUCUCUGGGCCUGUACCUUUACCACGCAUUGUCGAAAGAUGGACUGUGCCCCGAAGCAAUUUUGUUCACAAGAAGAGCCAAGAGAACUUUGAGCGUAUAACCCUGCGUCGGCUGAUUCAGGUCAAAGAUGGGAAUCCACAGACUGUCCAGGCGUGGCUGGCUUUUUUGAGGAAAUAUGCAUUUCACGGAGUGGGUAUGAAAGCAAACAUGUGGGAAUACGACAGUCUCGAUGUCGUCGAGAACCUAGACAGAGCGGGUUCAGAAACCGAAAAGUCACUUGAAGCACUCCUUUCACAAUUCGGUCAAAGACAAGAUACAAAAUCGGACGAUUCUCUUGUUCAAAUCUUGAACAAAGACCACCUGGUCACACUGAAGAGCCCCUUAUCAGAGGUCGGCAGGCGCUGA